UAUCGUGGACUCCACGUUAAGAACCCUGCAUUGUAGAGAUGGGUGAUAACUAAUCCAGAGUCUAGAAGGAGGAGGACCUGUUCAGUUGAGAAAAACGGUGAAAGUAUGACGCUGUCCCCAUUCAGUCCAGUGUGGUGUUAUGUUCCUGCCCAUCCCCAUCAAUGGUGAGGACCCAGACUGAGUCCAGCACGGCCCCUGGUAUUCCCGGUGGUGGCAGCAGGCAAAGCCCUGCCAUGGAUGGCACCACAGCCGAGUCCCGGUCGAGUGCCAGCUCCCUGCAACACACCACUCAGCCACCACCACAGCCUCGGAAGAAACGGCCUGAGGACUUCAAAUUUGGGAAGAUUCUCGGUGAAGGUUCUUUUUCAACAGGUACAAAGCUGACUGUCACCACCCGUGCCCAAGAUGUGAUGGUUGUCCUGGCCCGAGAACUGGCAACCUCCAGGGAAUAUGCUAUUAAAAUUCUGGAGAAGCGUCACAUUAUAAAAGAGAACAAGGUCCCGUAUGUAACCAGAGAGCGAGAUGUGAUGUCACGCCUGGAUCACCCCUUCUUUGUUAAGCUUUACUUCACGUUUCAGGAUGAUGAAAAGCUGUAUUUUGGCCUUAGUUAUGCCAAAAAUGGAGAACUCCUUAAAUACAUUCGCAAAAUAGGUUCAUUUGAUGAGACCUGCACCCGGUUCUAUGCAGCCGAGAUCGUGUCUGCUUUGGAGUACCUGCACGGCAAGGGUGUCAUCCACAGGGACCUUAAGCCAGAAAACAUUCUGUUAAAUGAAGACAUGCAUAUCCAGAUCACAGACUUUGGGACAGCAAAAGUAUUAUCCCCAGAGAGCAAACAAGCCAGGGCCAACUCGUUUGUAGGAACGGCGCAGUACGUCUCUCCAGAGCUGCUCACAGAGAAGUCUGCCUGUAAAAGUUCAGACCUUUGGGCUCUUGGAUGCAUAAUAUACCAGCUUGUGGCAGGACUCCCACCGUUUCGAGCUGGAAAUGAAUAUCUUAUAUUUCAGAAGAUCAUUAAGUUGGAAUAUGACUUCCCAGAAAAAUUCUUCCCUAAGGCGAGAGACCUUGUGGAAAAACUUCUGGUGUUAGAUGCCACGAAGCGGUUAGGCUGUGAAGAAAUGGAAGGGUAUGGCCCUCUCAAAGCCCAUCCUUUCUUUGAGUCCAUCAUGUGGGAGAAUCUCCAUCAGCAGACACCUCCGAAGCUCACUGCCUACUUACCGGCUAUGUCAGAAGAUGACGAGGACUGCUAUGGCAACUAUGACAACCUUCUGAGCCAGUUUGGCUGCAUGCAGGUGUCAGCCUCCUCCUCCUCCCACUCCCUUUCUGCCUCGGACACCGGCCCGCCACAGAGGUCAGGCAGCAACAUAGAACAGUACAUCCACGACCUGGACACUAAUUCUUUUGAACUGGACUUACAGUUUUCCGAAGACGAGAAGAGGUUGCUGUUGGAGAAGCAGGCGGGCAGCAACCCUUGGCACCAGUUUGUAGAAAAUAAUUUAAUACUAAAAAUGGGCCCCGUGGAUAAGCGAAAGGGCUUAUUUGCACGACGACGACAGUUGUUGCUCACAGAAGGGCCACACUUAUACUAUGUGGAUCCUGUCAACAAAGUCCUGAAAGGAGAAAUUCCGUGGUCACAAGAGCUCCGACCAGAGGCUAAGAACUUUAAAACUUUCUUUGUCCACACGCCUAACAGGACGUAUUACCUGAUGGAUCCAAGUGGGAAUGCUCACAAGUGGUGCAGAAAGAUCCAGGAGGUUUGGAGGCAGCGAUACCAGAGCCACCAGGACGCUGCCGUGCAGUGACCCGGCCCACAGCUGGGCUGCCCUUUGCUGCCAGGACACCUGCUCCAGCGCGCUCGGCUGCCAUCCGGGACGCUUCCAGACCACCUGCCAGCCAUCUCAAGGGGAACGCAGACAGCGGAAACCUUGCAGCUUUUUUAUUUAAAAGAGAAGGAAAAAAUACCCAACCACACAAAGAACAAAACCAAUAACAAAAAGGAAUUCAGGGUUGCUUUGCUUGCUCUCUGUGCUCUGUGGAGGCUUCCAUGUGUCCUCGGUGCUGUGGAACCCAGCUCCAUGCACGUCAGCCUGUUCCCGCCCAGACCAAUUGACAGACCUGGUGUUGCCUGCUUCAGAACUCAGCAUCAGAACCAUUCGCUGCACUCUGUCCUUGCACCCUGAUCACUGCUGGUCCUGCUGGGGCCAAGGGGACCCAGUGUGUCUUUGGCUCUUUCUGUCCCCCAGAUGAUGAUGGAACUCUUCACGAGGGAGGGAGCUUGUACACACUUCUGCGGGGAUGGUCACUGGCCCUGUGGGUGGGAGGGUUCUUUGCUUUUGUACUUGUGCUCUCUUUCUUGUGUCCCUCAUUUAUGGCCCAUGAGCUGCGGCCGGGCCCCUCAGGUGCCUCCUGGCAUAGCUCUGGUGGUGGCAGGAUUCUGUGGUCCUUGUUGGCGGCGCACUCCGCGUGGUGAGCAGUAGGCAGGGCAUCAAGGUGAUGAGUGGAGCAGGCUGCUGCGGUUGGAGGCCCCAUCAGGGGCUCAGCUUCCUUGUCCCACUGAGCAGUGUCCAUCUCUGGGCUGGAAAUCGAGCUCAUGUGCAGGAGGGGCGAUGUCAGAAGUGUGCCCACUUGGCACCCAGCUGGGUGGUUGUAUGAGAGAAUCCUGCCCCGUGCCUGGGUGAGACAAGAAGGUGCCGUGGAGACGCCAGCCAGAGCAGACGGCCUGCUGGCCUCUUUGUGGAGUGAGGCCUCGGCCCUUCCCGAGAGUAUCCUGAAAGGUUUAAAUGUGCAGACCUCUCUGAUAGGUCAGGGGGGUCAGAAAGAAUCCCGCCAUCAGCGGGUCCAGGGUGCCUCAGUCUCCUGCUGACAGCACUGGGGAGCGCCGGUGCCCAGUGGCCCACACACCCUUCUCGUGUUGGGGUUAAGCAUUUCUCAGAGCUAGUUCAGAGUUUCUACAUCUCUGCACUGAAAAUCUAAAAGGCUUCUCAUGUUGUGGGCCAUCUGCUCCCAUAGGGAGUGGGCCUUUUGCCCAGAAGAGAGCGUCCUCACUGUGUGCAGGAGGUGAGGACAGCAUACUCCCACCUGAGCUGGCCUCCUGGCCGCCUCUGCCAGUCCAGGUCUUUCUCUUUGCUGCUUUAGCGCCGCGCACCGCUUCCUGAUGAGAUGGCUCAGUGUGCCUGUCUUUGGCUUGGCUUGGAUACUCCCUGGGCAGAGGGCGCUCCUCGGCCGGCCCUUCAUCUCCCGGCCCAGUUGUCCCUAGGGGACAGCCCUUGAUCCCUGGUGGAGAGGAGUGGUACCUCUGCCUUCGCAGGCUGUUCAGACACACUUCUGACCCGCAUGUCCCCAGGGGAUGAACAACUUUGCCAUUUCCAUAGACUUUCACAAAGACACCAGCAAAAGGCCCACUCAGAAAAGACUCCCCCACCUCUCCCUGUCCCCCGCCUAUCUCAAGUGACCCAUUGGUUGUGCCGGGCAGGUUCAAAUCAAGAAAAAAGAUUUCUUUCUCAGUUUUAAUGAUGAGUGGCUCUUUUUGAACUUGGGGGCUGGAGGAGGGUUGUGUGUGUGCAGAUGGGCAUUCCAUCAGCCGGGGUGGUGAAGGGACAGAGGCGUCCCUGGCAGUGUCUGCCUGGUCUUGUCUCCUGCUGUGCGGGAGCUGCAAGCCAGGCAUUGCCGCACCUGCUCGUGGGUGCUCCAGUGAGCAGGACACUCUGGGCUCAGGCGGAGGCUGCGCCCCCCUCCUCCCCCAAGCUUUUGAAAAGGCUUGACUGCAUUUUGAGUCGCUUGGCUGUUUCUUUCAGGAACUGCUGUUCAGGCUUAACUCCCCUUCAUGCUGUUUUACCUUCCUCAGCACAUCCCGCAUCUAUGUGUGCAAGAGUGGCUUCCUGCCUUGCCUCCCGCACAUACAGGCACAGGGAUGAGUCUGUCCUGGGCAUCUGGUUAUAGGGAAACAAGCAGAGCUGAGGCCUGGCUGGGCUGCUUGGGGAGAAUCUUCUGUUGCAUUCUUCCCUCUGGAUAGCGCCACUACCUCCUGGGCUUCACCGACAAGCUCCGUCUUAACCUCCAGAACCACAGAAUUAGGGGUUCAGAACUGAGCUCACAGCCGACAGCUGAAAUGACUGCCCCUGCCCGAGCUAGUAACAGCUGUGCCCUUCUCUCUCGUGGCUUGCCUUUCGCUUCACUUGGAGUCCCUUUUUUCCUUUUUUUUUUUUGGAGGCCCAUGCAUUUUCUUACCCUGCACUUCUAUCAAUUUUUGUUUUAUCCGGCCCAUUCUUAGAGCCGUCACCCGGCAUGCAGGUGCCUUAGGUUCUGAGACAGGGAUGUGGAUGUCAGUUUGUAUACAUAGAAGAUAUACAUACAUGGGAAUAGAAAUGUGGGUUUAUCCAAGAAGAGAAAAAUAAUACCCUGCUGUUUAGUAGAUCCAGGAGUCAUGUGUCUUACUGAGAGGGGGCUUCUGGGCUCAGAGGGGAAGGCGGCUGCUAGGAGGCUGUGGUCGCAAUCAGCCCAGACUGCCUGCUGUGUGUUGACUUUCUCUGGGGAUGCAGAGGAAGCUGGAUUUGAUGGUGGUGUCCUCCCCUUUUUCUGUGGUCCCAGCUAGGGCAGCAGCAGUCCCUGUGUGGCCUGCUAUGCUUCUCCACCCCAGGGAAGGGCACCACAGUGCGACUACCAUUCUAAACCUUAACUUGGUGUAGUCUUGUUAAAAAUCUGCUUUGGGAAAGAUGGUUCAUGUAGUUGUACCAAAGCUGGCAGAAACCUCACCUAGUCCAGCCCUCCUGGGUCACUGAUAUUUGUGGCCCAUGCCUGAAGGAAUUGCGGAGACAGCCCCAGGGCACAGACAGCAGAAUGCCAGUAUACUGGGUGAUUCUGUACUUUCUUAAAGCUAAUAUUUCUGAAAAGUCAGCUGUAGGUUCACCACUCAGAGAAGACCACUGCGAACAUUUUGGUCUAUAUCUUGCGCCCCCCCCAACCCCAUUUGUUUGCUUUUUUGACUUAACUGGGAAUUUACAACAUAUACAUUUUGCAUCCAGCUUUUUUCACGUGAUAUUUUAUCUUAAGCAUUUUCCCUUGUAAUUCUUCGAAGAUGUGUUUUUAAUGAUUGUAGAGUUUAAUGGUUGUAAAUUUUAUCAUACUUUAUCUCACCAUUUCCCUGUUGUAAAACAUUUAGAUGGUUUCUGGUUUUUCACUAUUUAAAUAAUGCUGUGAUGAAUAAUCUUAUAAAUCUUUGAUUUUUGACUCUGAUUUUUUCCCCCCCUUAGAUCCCUAGAAGUGGUGUUUUGGGGACAGAGAUUGUUCAUUUUAAAGAUUCUACUCUCUUUCUCUGAUGCUUAGAUGCUCAGAGUUCCGGUAACAGAACCUCCUUUGUUGUGUCCUACAGAUUCUGAACUCAGUUUAAAGCUGUGUGUUCCAAAGAAUGUUUGAAUAAGACUGCUCUUUUUUUAAAUGCUAAAAUGUCAUUACCGCUAAUCCAUUUAUGACAGAUCUUUCCAAGAGCCCUUUCUUAUUUUCGUUGCAAGAAGCCGGUUAUGCUUGCAUGUUCUCUUCCAUCCCUCCUAUGAUGGCUUUCAAGUGUUUGGUGAUAUUUUCAGAAUCUUGUACUUUGUGUCCAUAAUGGUACUGAAUUUGCAUCUGCACAGUCAGCAGAGAUAAAAAAUGUUGAACUGACCUUGCCACAUGCUUAGUGAGUGAUUUCCUAUUAAGUUUACAGACUCAGAAAGUACAUUGGGCCAUUUGAAAUCAGUAGCAGAGCAAGGGCUCUACUUGAAAAAGAAGCCCUGUAGAUAUGAUUGGGUUUAACAGAAAUGCAUUGUCCAUUCCCCCCACCCCUGUCAGAAGGUCUUGUCUUUCAGGAGAGCACCGUGGCCAGGCUCUUUCAUUGUAUGGUGUGGUUGUCCUGGCUGGUGUAGAUUUAAGGCCUUCUCUUCCCCCUUUCCUGCCCACAGUGUUGCAGGUUGCCUAGUUGUUUUGAAGUCCCGACCAUCCAAGUUUGGUUGCAUUCUUAAUUUCUCCACUUUAGUUGGGUUGCAUUGAUUCUGAGGGGAAGCAUGCACGAGAGAUUUUUCCAGGCACCAUGCUCAGUGCCAUUUGACUACCAGAGAUGAUGGCUGAAUUGUGCAGAAUUAGGUCUCCUGCCCUCCUCUGAUGCCUUGAGACCCUUCCCUCAGCAGUGAGCAACCUGGCUGGUCCACAGACCCAGGGUGCUCACUGCUGAGACUUCAGAGGUUGCAGCUGCUGUGAAUAUGCUGAAAGUAGCAUGUUGUGGGAGUUGUUGCCAUACACUUUUUUCCAUUUUGUUUCUAAUGUGAACUGUUGGUGACUCAAGUGGGUGUGGCCCUUUCUUCUUAGGCAGCAUACGUGGCAAGUGUCCUUGAAUCAGGGCUGGAGUCAUUUACAGAGGCUCAUGAGGGGCACUGGCUUCUGUGGCAGGGUUGUAUAUCAGGCUGCCUUUGGAGAACUGGUCUGGAGAGGAAGCUAUUCCCAGCAGAGAGCAGUUUUAUCUGUUGUUGAGAUGGCCAUGGUGGGCAACUGAAUGAGCCUAUGUGUAUACCUGGAUUUUCCCUGUAGCUCAUUUCUUCAAUAUGAAGAAACACCAAACUUAUGUACAGAAAACUUUUUACAAAAGGCAAACCUUUUUUAGCUGUGUAACCAACCCACCCUAGUCUAACCACCUGGCUGAAUGACUACGAAUAGGGGUCAUUUUGCUGGUGAAAGCCACUAUUAUGACCAUAGGUUGGAUUGGACGUUGGCAAAAUUAAAUUGUUACAGUAUUUAGAGCUGCUGUGGCUGUUCCUUAACAACAUAAAAUAUGAUGAAUCAAUAGUAUGUUAGCUGUCUUUCAGGUUGGUGGCAGUCAGCACAUGUGUAAUAUUCUCUUCCUGGUCUGUAGCUGUAACUGUGAUGUACAGGCAAAGCAAAAAAAAAAAAAAAACUUAUGAAAACAAAUAAUGCAAUGAUAUUAGGAUAUACACUUUUGUAUUUUUAUUCUUAUAUAAGGUUAUUUGCUGGCUAUUGUUGGCCUCUAGUUCAGUCUGUGUUAUUUAAAUUCUAAUAUAUGAAUUAUUUGGAUUGAAUUCAUGUUCAGGGCCACGUUGUUGUAUGUAUUGAUGUACAGCCUUGAAUGUGAAUAAUUAUUGUAAACUAUAUUUUACAACUUUUUUCUGGCUUUAUUAUAUAAAUUUUCUAUUUGGUCAAUGAUUUAAUCAUAUCAUAAUUUAAUGAAUCUGUUUAUUCUUUUUCAAAUAUUUGUGCUUUAGGUGUAAUUACCGAAUGAUGAAUUUUCCUCGUAUGCUCGGUAGUCUUGUAAUAAAAGCAUGUAGAGUGUA